CCUUGUUCCUGCCGUCUCUGUUUGCCUGUUGUGUCGUAGCCCAGUUUGAACCUGUCCGAAGCCAUGGCCAUGCUCAGAGUGUCGUCUUAUCGCAGGGUGUUUGACGAUGAUGCCUGGAGUCGAGGUGGAGGGAUGGGUAUGCAGAUGCAGUGUGCAGGACAGUACCGGGCCCCUCUCAGGAGAGCAGCAGCUGAUGAAUGUGACUGUGACAAACUGGAUUUUGUUGCUGCCAAGUCCCUCAACAAAGAGGGUCUGAACCGGUUCACACAGGACCGCACCGUUAUCGCUGCCCUCAAUGACCGCCUAGUCAGGCUUAUUGAAAUGGCUCACUGCUUUGAGGAGGAGAACGAAUCACUUGAAUGUCAGAUUGUGGAGCUGGAGGAGAAGCUGAACAGGCGACAAGCCUCGUCCCGUGUCACGUCCACUGUGGCCCCACCUGACUACAGCCUGGACACAGUGGUGGAAAGACUGCGCAGGGAGAGGGAUGAGAUUCUGCAUGACACUGAGGAGCUAGAGAAAGAGCUAGAGUGUGUGAGGGAAAGCUACGAGAAGGCCUCACAGCAGAGAAUCUUCUACAAGCAAGAACGACAAUAUAUUGCUGAGGAAGUGGAUGGUGUGACGGCAGAAUGUUUGGCACUGAGGGAGCAAGUGGCUAUCUACGAGGAGCAGCUGGCCAACAUGGAGGCCCAGCACCAGUCGGACGUGGAGAGUCUGGUGGAUCCAGCUGAAGGGACGGCGGCAGCACUGGCAGCUAUUGGCUUUAGCAGCCCAGACAUGACGCCAGUCUUGGAUGUAAAGGAGUAUUACUGCCAGCUGGCUGAGAGUCUGCAGUACGAGUGUCGCGCUGCCUCUUCAGCUGUGGUUCGUGCUGAUGAUGGAAAAGAACUGGCGGUGGGAAAAGUCAGCAGUUCAAAGGUCAAAGGCUUGCCAAAGGACAUUAAUGAGUUGAAGAUGCUGAUUUCAGAGUUACAAAAGGAGCUCGCUGAGCUUGAGAAGUGUAAUGCAGAGCUGGAAGAUGAGGUUGAGAUGAAGAAGGCUGCAUACAUGGAUGAGAUUAUGGAGUUAAAGUUCACACUAGAUGAAAUGCGGCACCAGGAGGCCGACCUUGAAGCGCAGAUGAAGGAGCACUGUGAGGACUACCAGGAGCUGCUCAGUGAGAAGAUGGCCAGAGACAUGGAGAUCGUUGCCUACAGGAGUCUGGUGGAGGAAGAGGAGGCGAGGCUGUGUGACCUGUGAAAUGAGGAUGAAGAGUCAGACUGGGUGACUGGAGUUCGGCUGGAUGCUUCCAACCCCCCCCCCCCACCACACACGCACACGGAUUAGCAAACAGACCACAAGAAAAAAACAGACACAAAUCGGCGCUAGGAUAAAGCUUAAGGUACCAACGCAGCAAUAUGAGCAGAUGUAAACUUAUCAUGACAGAUUAAUGCUGUCUGGAGGUCUAAGCCGGGCCAUUGAUAACAGGUCGCUGACAGAUGACCCCAAGUCUCUGAGAAAGAUGGAACUGUCUGACGCUGGGAGGGAGGUGGGAGGACGGAAGGCUCUGCCAUGAGUGUGCAUCCAUUCAGUGUCUGGCAGUGGCAUUUCCCUAAGUGGGUUUUAUCUCUUUAGCAACUCACUGAUAUGAUUCAUAAAUGUUUUGUUCUCUCUUUGUUGAACAAGUUUCACACACACGCACACACCGUUGAGUAAUUCCUCCUCUGAUUCCACCUCAUCCAUCACUCAAACUUUGUCUGAUUACCAGCUCUUAACCCUUGACCCCGUUGCUGUUAACAAACAUAUUGACAGCGUUCUCUCUUCGCCGACUAAAAGCGUCUCAUCGCCCUUUUUGCUUUUACAGUAAUGCGUUUGUGUUGGUUUUGCAUUCGACCGUUUGCUUUUCAAAUGGUUCGUGAAGUCGCUGAUUUUCUGUGGAGCUCGUGUAACUGGGCACCUGGAUCUUUCCGCAAGGAAAGACCGCGUGAUUCAUGAUUCCUUCUUUGAAAAGCGACGUCCCAGUUGCUGUCAUUUCAGAAAUAAGCCUUUGGUAACACAUCUCUUAGUAAUCUCCUUAUUCUACACGCUGUCUGUGAUAAAUCUUUUUGUGGUUCCUGUUUCUGGAGAAUGUGCUUUGGAUUUAAAUUAAAUAAAACUUGAUUGCUUGACAAAUCA